AGGAAAAAUGGCUCGCGGGGAAGGAUGUGUUGCGCCGGGACGUGCCACGGACUGACAGAAAGCAAAUCCUUUUCUUUCUUUCUGUUUCUGGUGCUUGGGAUCGGCGGUGGUGCCGCUGAAGGGCUGGCUGGAGACAGGAGAGAUGCCGAGUCACUGUGUGCUGUUCCGGCCCUGGUGGAGGUUGUGCUGGAGAAACGGAACGUGACUUUUACUUUCCCUCCACUUCUUUUCCCACCGGAUCCCAUCUCCAGCGGCCCCGCAGAAAGGCCCUCAGCCUUGGGAGAUGAGCUUCCUGCCCUCUCCAUCUCCAGGCCUCAGACUGGCCUCUCCUUCCUAGUUCCUGAGGCUGAGGAUGUGGAGGAUCUGUACAGUCGUUACAAGAAAUUGCAGCAAGAGCUGGAGUUCCUGGAAGUUCAAGAGGAGUACAUCAAAGAUGAGCAGAAGAACCUAAAGAAGGAGUUUCUGCAUGCCCAAGAGGAGGUGAAACGCAUCCAGAGCAUCCCGCUUGUCAUUGGCCAGUUUCUGGAGGCGGUGGAUCAGAACACAGCCAUUGUUGGUUCCACUACAGGCUCCAACUAUUAUGUCCGGAUCUUGAGCACCAUUGAUCGGGAGCUGCUGAAGCCCAAUGCAUCUGUGGCCCUGCACAAACACAGCAAUGCCUUAGUGGAUGUAUUGCCCCCCGAGGCCGACAGCAGCAUUAUGAUGCUCACGUCAGAUCAGAAACCCGAUGUGAUGUAUGCCGACAUUGGUGGGAUGGAUAUCCAGAAGCAGGAAGUGAGGGAGGCGGUGGAGCUGCCCCUCACCCACUUUGAGCUCUACAAACAGAUUGGCAUUGACCCUCCACGGGGCGUGCUGAUGUAUGGCCCUCCUGGCUGCGGGAAGACCAUGUUGGCCAAAGCAGUGGCCCAUCACACCACAGCUGCCUUCAUUCGGGUGGUAGGAUCCGAGUUCGUGCAGAAGUACCUGGGCGAGGGGCCGCGCAUGGUGCGGGACGUUUUCCGCCUUGCCAAAGAAAAUGCCCCGGCCAUCAUCUUCAUUGACGAGAUUGACGCCAUCGCCACCAAACGCUUUGAUGCCCAGACUGGCGCGGACAGGGAAGUUCAACGUAUCCUCCUGGAGCUCCUCAACCAGAUGGAUGGCUUUGACCAGAAUGUCAACGUUAAGGUGAUCAUGGCCACAAACCGGGCAGACACCCUGGACCCUGCUCUGCUCCGACCAGGACGUCUGGAUCGUAAAAUUGAGUUUCCUUUGCCAGACCGGCGCCAAAAACGGUUAAUCUUCUCCACCAUCACCAGCAAGAUGAACUUGUCUGAGGAGGUGGAUCUGGAGGACUACGUGGCCCGGCCAGAUAAGAUUUCAGGGGCCGACAUCAACUCCAUUUGCCAGGAGGCUGGGAUGCUGGCUGUCCGGGAGAACCGCUACAUUGUCCUGGCCAAGGACUUUGAGAAGGCUUACAAGACUGUCAUCAAGAAAGACGAACAGGAACAUGAGUUCUACAAAUAAAGUUGGGGAAAGCAGGACAGAGGCGGAGGUGGUGGUCUCAGUCUUUGGGCGUGAGGGUGGGGUGGGUGUGUUUUCUGUACGUCCGAUGGCCGUGAGUGAGAUUUAUCGUGUGAAUAAAUAAUUACCCA